AUGCGGGAGCAAACGCCGGGGGAUGGCCGGGCCGGGGCGGGUGAGGGGCGCUCGGGGGCCGUUGCUGGCCCCGGGCCGAGCACUGACAGCCGCGUCCCGCCCGCAGGGAAGGCGCAGCAGCGCCUGAAGGAGCGGUACCGCCUGGGCUCGCUGCUGGGCCGGGGCGGAUUCGGCAGCGUCUUCGCAGCAACGCGGCUCUCGGACGGCGCCCCGGUAGCCAUCAAAAGGGUGCCACAGAACCGCGUCCAUCACUGGGGUGAGCUGCCCGACGGCACCAGCGCACCCCUGGAGAUUGUGCUGCAGGUCAAGGUGUCCAAUGGCUUCUCCGGUGUGGUCCAGCUGCUGGAGUGGGUUGAGCUCCCCAACGACAUCUUGAUGGUGCUGGAGCGCCCAGAGCACUCUCAGGACCUGCACCGUUUCAUUCGGGCACGGGGGUUCCUGUCCGAGGAGGUGGCGCGGCAGCUGUUCCGCCAGGUGCUGGAGGCCGUGCGGCACUGCACCAGCUGCAGGGUCCUCCACAGGGAUAUCAAGCCAGAAAACAUCCUCAUUGACCUGGCCACCGGGCAAGCCAAACUGAUUGAUUUCGGCUGUGGCACCUACCUGCAAAAGACAGCCUACAUUCAUUUUGCAGGAACACCAUCAUACAGCCCCCCAGAAUGGACCCAUUUUGGCUGGUACUAUGGCGAGCCAGCUACCAUCUGGUCCCUGGGCAUCGUGCUGCACCAGAUGGUCUGCGGGGAGCACCCUUUCAGGAGGGGCCAGAACAUCAGCUGGGACCAUCAGCUCUCACUGCCACAACGGCUCUCUCCAGAGUGCCAAGAUCUCAUCAGGUGGUGUUUAUCCAUGCCGGACGUGGAAAGGCCCUCAUUAGAAGAGGUGUUCUGUCAUCCUUGGAUGCAGGAUAUUCAUCUGCCCUAGAAGAAGGGAGAGAGCCACAGGCACACUGUGCUGCAGGGCCCUGGUACUUUUGCAGGGCUGCUUUGCUGUGCAGGCAAGGAAGGGCUUGGGCUGCUCCACUGCCCUUGUUUGCUUUGAGAUCAUGGUUAUUUUGGGGGGCAGUGCAGGGGGAAAGGAGAAAGCGUGGGCUUCCCUCACCCAUGGGUGUGUUUUUCCCGUGGGUGGACAUGCAGGGGUUGGUGCUUCCUCAAGACCCUGACAGAGAUAAGAUUUUUACAUCUGUUGUUUUUUCCCCUUUUUGUCUAUUAUCUAUUUUCAAUAAUUUGUUGUUUGUUUUUCUAGAGGAAGCGUUCCAGGUGGGGUCCAGUCUGGAUUGGGAAGUGCUUGGGACCAGCUGUGGCGUGGAUGGGCCGUGCCCUUGGAGCAGGCUGAGGACAUCGUUUGGGACCAGCUUUUCUUCCAGCCGUGGAUGGCGUGAGCCAGGCUCUGCGGAUGCUGAAGCUGCUCUGGGCUCUGGCAGGGCUCUGCUGGAGCUCAGCACCAGGCUGGAAUCAGCCAAAGAAGAAAUGGUGUCACCUGCAGCACAGACUUGCUUGAGCAUUUUGGCAACACAGCUCAAGUUUGCAGAGUGUACACCUCCAAGGGAAAACAUGACACCUCCCAAAAAUUAAACUUGUUCAAUACCUUCUGAAAUCAAAUCAAUCUGGGAUGACUACAAAUGACAUUUCUCAGCUUUCUCAAGAUGUAGCUCAGCCCUUCUCUGAACAGUUCUCUCCCCCACCUGCCUUUUACUUUUCAACUGCUCCCUAUUUUCCCCCAAUAAGUUACCAACCUGUUGCAGUCUCCAUCACUCUUGUUGCCUUCCUUGAUGCCCCUGACCACAAGGAAGGCCAAGCCCCCAGGUUUAGGGACUCAUGCUGUCAGUGGCUGAGGAGCAGCAAUGUCUCAGAGGUCCAGUGGGAUUUUAGUGUCAUUCAGAGCCACUCUCCAGCCCUCAGCUCUCCUCACUGCUGAGUUCCCACUCCCUUUUCUUCAUCCUUGCAGCAGGAUGAGCUCUGUGAAUCCCCUUGAGCCUCCCCACUCUUCCCAGCCCACGCAGCCACCUCAGUGAGGCUGAAGCUGAAGCUUCUCUGUCUCCUCUGGCACUCCAGUCCAG